AUGAAUUAAUCUGACGAGGUUGAGGUAUAUUUAAUAAUUCCUUUAGAUAACUCUUCAAGUUUGCGAUCCAAAAAUAAUAGCAGGACUAAAUAAAUUUAUUGUGUACACCAUAAAGGGAAUGGAUAAAAAUGGAUAAUUUGAUAUUUAGAGAAGAUUUAGUGAUUUUAAGACAAUUCGAUCCUUUUUGCUGACAAAAUGGCCAGGAUGUUAUAUACCACCUGUUCCACCAAGAAAAGCUUUUGUAUUGGAUUAUAUUAAAAUCUUUAGGGUAAUUUGGAGUAAUAAUUUAUUGAUGAAAGAAGGCUGAUGCUUGAAGAUUUCCUCAAGAAAAUAGCAACUCUCAAAUAUCUAUGGUAUUCAGAAGAGUUUUAAGUUUUCUUAAAGACUCCUGGUGAAAUUGAAAAAGUAUUAUUUGACGUCAUAAAAGGCUUUGUUAUCUGUUCCUAAAAUAACAAAUGAAGAAAUUAUCAAUAAAUAUCAAGACGCAUUCUCUGAUCUAUCAGGAGUAAAUUAUAAAAUUAUUCUUAUUUAGAGAGAAAUUAAUAGAGAGAUUAUAUAGAAAAUUAAUGAUUUUAAAGCAUAUAUUCAAAAAAUUUCACCGAUGGUUCAAAAUUUCAAGUAAAUUGCAAAAAAUAUAGCCGAGGCCAAAUCUUCUUUUUAAGCAUCUUUAAUUCAUUUCAUAACAGUGUUUAUUCCAGAAUAUGAAAAUAAUGUUUUAUUGGAGUAUGUUGAAUAAAAAGAGAGAUUAAUAUUUGCUAACUUGAUUUAAAAUGAAGAUGCCUAAGGGCUAAUUAAUUAAUAUGUAAAGCAUUUUAAUCAAUAAUUAAGUGUGAUCUCUUGAAAGAACCUAAGUUUUAAGAACUAUAUUAAGAAGUAAGAAAGGAAGGAAAAUAGUUGAAAGUAUUUCAUCAUCUUAAAUUAAAAAGGCAUUUCUUGAAACAUUUGCAGAAAGAGAGAAGUAUGAAUCUUAGAAAGCAAAUGCAGAAUCACGUUAAAAAGAAUUAUAGUUGGAAUUAUAGGAGGUAUUAGCAGGAAAGACUACAAUUAGAACUUUAUUUUCAAAAGGAAAAAAAGAAGACCAUAUUACUAAGUUAUAAUAAUAAAUAGCUGAUGUUGGAAAAGAAAUAGAAAGUUAUUAAUUCAUCUGUGAUAUUCUUACUGUACUUGUUGGAUAUGUUGAAAUUGAUAAAUUUAAAAUGGAAAAACAGUUUUAAUAUUACAACAUGAUCAAAAAUAUUAUUUCUUAUGAAAUUAAUCUAUCAAAAAUUGCAGAAGAAUUUUGGAGCAAAGUUUUGAAAAGUGAAAAUAUGUAAUAAUAAUAAUGA